AUUUUGAUUAAAGGAAUAAUAACGGUGCCAAAGGUUUGUUCAUGAGAAGAAAGAUAAAUAAUCGACUGAAUUGCUUGCUGUGUUUUUCUUUUCCAAAGCGCAACGUGCCAAUGACAUAACGAUGCUUAUCUCUGUUUUUUUGUGCUUAAUAUUUACAGAGGUGAAAAAACAAGGGACACACUGGGACGGGUUUUGAUUUCGAGCCCCGUCAGCAGCAGUGGAAGCGCGCUGCACGCACCCCCAACUCGAGCUCUGAAUAGUGGACUCACAAUGGCCGACCCCCUUGGUGUCACCGCUGAGCGUCGUGAGUGCAAAGACAACACCGCUGCGGACACGCAGAGAGACGCAGACACCAGAGGGGGCUGUGGUGGAGACAGAGACGUGGGCAGAGACGGAGAGACGGAGAUACGCACGAGUAGAGACAUGGGUCGAGGAGACAAAAACGCAGACAGAGCCAGACUCGAUAGCAUUGAACGGACGCCAAACUGCAGCAGAGCGGGAAGCGAGAGGUUCGAGCGUGCGGACGAGCACCCGGCGCGUGGCGGACACAAGAACGGAACUGGCUCCGCUGCUGACGGAAGCCGAGGCUCCCAAGUCGGCGACGACGGCGACGAGGACGACGGAGAUCGGGAACUCCGGUUCGGGGCGAAGAGCCGCGACGGGCGCGACCCCGGUGAUGCCGCGGUGUCUGCGGCGAGGGAGACGGGUUGGUCGUUGCGCGUGGGACGCGCUUACGCAUCGCCCCGCGUGUCGGCGUGCGCGCUGGCUCUGGGCGUGGGCGUCCCGCUGGCUCUGGCCGCCGCGAUGUUCUCGCUGUCGCCGCCGCUCGACCUGGACCUGUCGUAUGGCGCCUUCGAGCCGCGCGACCAGAUCGCCCUGCGCCGCUUCGACGCGCUCGCCUCCGCCCUGCGCACACAGCUCCUGGAGGCCGUCGUUCCGUCUGGCUCCUCCCGCGGACGACGCUCCACGUCGUUCACCGGCAACGCAGCCUCGCGAAAUUCGCGGCCCGAUGUCGACGAGGGCUUCUCCGGCCAACGAGUCUUCGGGCUGCGUCCGGCUCCUGCUCUCGACGAUGAUGUCUCGUCGCUUAUCCGCAGAGUCAACGAAAGGAACAUCGCCCACUGCAGCAGUGCAAGCAGAAAGGGCGGCGGCGUUGGUGGUGGCAAUAAGCUCGUCUUCAGGGAUGCCAAGACGAGUGUGCACAUCUUUGACGUGAUUGCGCCGCGCCAGUGUUUGGUGACGGUGGCCGCCAGGGAACGGCGGCCACUCCGAGGGAAUUGGACCGUUGCCCGGGGCGAUCGGUGGUUGGUACGGAAGGGAACCCGAAAGCUGAUGGCCAGGCGAAAUCUGCCAGCUAAACAGGAUGCAGGGGGCAGAUCUGGACAGCUGCAGGCCCAACCGACAUGGAGGAUGGAGCUGGUGUUCGUUGCCAUCGGCAACAGCUUGGGCCAGGAGGCGAACAUGCUAACCGAGGAGCGGCUGCAGGUGGUGCGCGACACGGAGGCCCUCGUCCGCUCUUGGCCUGGCUUCUCCGACUUUUGCUGGCGCCCGCCGGAGACCCGGAGAGACCCGGCCCUGCGAGAUGGCGGCGGCGGUGGCGGCGACGACGGCCUCCCACUUCCCGCAUCAUCAGAGCGGCGCAGCCACACGCUCCUCGGCCCCGGCACCACCGCCGCCACGGCGGCUCCACCGUGCGCCCCGCCUGCCUCCAUCUCCACCUUCCUGUUCCCGUCGGCAAGUGGCGGCAAGGUGUGGUUCGACGGCCAAGGCAGACAGCUGGCCGACAUCAACGGCUCCCUACGCCUGGCCCUGUCGCACCCGCAGUCCUACUGGUUCGCGGACGAGACCUUCGGCCCGGAGCGUUUGCGCAGCGCGGUGCUGCGCAGCCAGGUGCACUUCGGCGCACCGCUGCGCGGCUUCGGGCGAGCCGGGGAGCGACCCCGCGAGCAGAGGGAACGCUUCCGCCGCUUUGUGACGACGUACGCCCGCGCGCUCGCCCACGCGCCGUCCUCGAAGGUGCGGGUGCUGUAUGGCGGGUACGACCUCUUCGACCAGGAGGUGCGCGACACCUUCUGGGGAGACAUGCGCCUGGCCGCGGCUAGCGGCGCCUGCGUGGCGCUGCUCGUGUGCGCGCUGACGCAGGGCUCGCUGCUGCUCACGUUUUUCGGCCUCGCGACCAUCGUGCUCAGCUGCCUCGUGUGCCUCUUCCUGCACCACGUGGUGCUCGGCGUGCGAUACCUGGGCAUCCUCAACGGCGUCGCCGCCUUCGUCGUCGUCGGAAUCGGCGUAGACGACGUCUUCGUGUUCGUGAGCGCCUACCGGCAGGCGGUGGCGUCGUGCGCCCGCCGGGACGAGCGCAUCGGGCGCGCGGUGCGCGUGGCCGGGCGCGCCACCUUCUUCACCUCCUUCACCACCGCCUCGUCGUACGCGGCCAACGGCUUCUCGCAGAUCCCGGCUGUGCGUGACUUUGGGCUCUUCAUGGCGCUGCUCGUGGCGGUGUGCUGGCUGCUUGCCGCGAUUAUGAUGCCCGCCGCGCUGAGCCUCUGGGAUCGCCACUCGCACGGGGCCGAUCCUCCCAGCGCGUCGGCCCGCGCCUGCUCGCGCAAGGCGCCGGCGAGUGAGGACGCCGCGGGCCGGCCCCGGGGGUCCGCGGGCCUGCCGGUGCGGCCCGACUCCUACCUCGAUGACGACAUCCCACUGCUGCACAUGUUGGUCGGCGAUGAAGAAUCUCAAGGGUCGGACGGUGACUCCCCGCCACUCGACCUGGAGCAGAACGACGCAGCAGGAGGAGGAGGAGGAGCAGCAGGAGGGGGACACGCCACUGAGUCCGCGGACGAGGGCCGAGCGAAGGCCGGCGAUGCGAUCUCGUCAGCCGGGGGGCCCGAGGACGACGGGAGGCCGGACGGCCAGCUCGGAGGGGACUCGAGCCGCGAGCGCAGGGGGGCUUGCGAGGGUCUGCAGGACGCGCUGCAGGUGGUGCUAGUGCGGUGGAUCGCGGGGCCUGCUACCCGCGCCCCCUGGGUCGUGCUUGGUUCGUACGUGGCCGUGCUGGUGCUCGGGGCGCUCUGUGCGUGGCGCCUCGGGCCAGCCAGCCGCCCGCCGCUGCUGUUCCGCCCCGACACCAACAUCCAGAUGAUGCUCGACCUCAAGAACAACCUGAGUGCCGAGGCCAUCUCCUGCCCCACUUGCUCCGGUCUCUUCUUGGAGGAGCCACGUGAUCUGGGCUACGCGGGGCUCGGGGAGCAGGCGGAGAGCGCGGAGGCGCCGGAUGAGGCGCCCGCCCUGCCGCUUCCCGACUUCGUGCAGACGGUGUUCGUGAGCAAGAUUGCAGGGGAGCGGCAGGAGCCCCCCGUCUACCGCUUCUCUCUGGACCCCGUUCCUCCAUCGCCGUGGCAACAGCUGGCACCUGGCAACGGUGAGGUGCCGGCCUUCAAGGUUUUCCCACGUGCGUUUGGAAACUUCUCCCGCCGCCUGUGCGUGUGCGUGUCGUCGCUGGGCCUGCCCGGCCCCCGCGUGCCCGCCAAGUUCCUGCUCACGUCAGCCCCGGAAUGCGACCCGCGCCGUGGCUGGCAGCUCCACUUCUCCUUCUACGCCUCUGCGUCCCGUCAGCCCAACACGCGCAGACUCUUCUUCUCCCAGAUGCGACGCUUCCCCUUCCAGAGUCGCGUGUGCCUGGGCCCCCGUGGCUGCACCCUCAGCCAGGCGCCGGACGGACCCAACCACGGUCACUUCUACGUGCCACGCUCGCACGCCGACUCGGACCCGGGCAAGGCCGGACACGGAGCAGAAGCUGCAGGCCCUUCCUUGCGGGGGUACGACCCGUGCGCGGGAGGCCGCUGCGCCCAACCGGCCGCUCGACCGCUGGUCGACACGGGCGCCAUGGUGUUCCUCGUCUUCGGGGUCCUCAGCCUCAACCGCAGCGCGACGGCCGAAGGUCACGGUGGUCGCGACGACAACCACGUCAUCCCCAGCACCGGCGAGGUGCUGUUCGACCCCGAGUUUGACGUGGUGCGGGAGCUCGCCCACCUCUGCCGUCUGUGCAAGGCGUUCGCUGCCAACGGGCAGCUCGUCAAGCCAGGAGGAGCUCAGUGUCUGCCGUCAGGAUUCAGCUUGUCCUCCGUGCUGCGCUUGAUGAGCGCCGAGUGCCGCGACCUCCCCGAGCCACGGCUGCUGCCGGGACAGCUGUCCCACGCGGCCCUCGGCUUCCGCGAGGGCCGCGUGGCCUGGCUGUCGCUCGCCUUCGAAUCGGUCACAUACCGCGGCGGCUCUGCUCUGGACUCGCUGGAUGACUAUGCCCGCUGGGAGGCGUUCCUGCAGCAGCAGCUGGCGAGCCUGCCCCCCGACUCGGUGCUCCGUCGAGGAUUCCAAACGUGCCAGCACUGGAAGCAGGUGUUCACCGAGGUUCUGGGUGUGCAGAGUGCGCUGUGCAGCUUGGCUCUCUCUCUCGCCAUCUGCGUGGCUGCUGUUGCCAUCUUCACCUCUCACCUCUGCCUGACCUUCAUCGUGCUCAUGAUGGUCCUCGGUGUCCUGAGCGUGGUCGUCGCGACGAUGCUCGCUGUUUGGCUACGAGCUGGGCGCCGUCGAGGCCACCUCCCUCUCCAUCCUCGUCGGCUCCUCGCUCGACUACUCCCUGCACAUCGUCGAAGGCUACCUUGUCGCGGCGCCCCGAGCUCAGCCCGCACGCCUCGCUCGGGCAGAGUCUGGUGGUGGCAGCGUCGGCGGCACGAGCGACGCGGCCGUCCGGGCAGCACGCGCCGUGAGCGCCGUUCGCUCCGCCGGCCCGGCCGUCCUCUGCGCCGGCCUCACCACCGCCGCGUCGGCCCUGCCCCUGGUGCCGUGCCUCGUCGCGCCGUUCGCACGCUUCGGCCGCCUGCUGGCGCGGCCCUCGUCACGCUGGCCGCGGCCGCGCUGACGCUGGCGCUGCCGUACGCGCUGCUGCGCGGCAGGCUCGCGGCGCGAUUCCCCGCGCUGCUGGGCCGCGUCGACGGAACGUCCUUGGCAUCGUCCUCGUUGGGCCGCCUCGCCUCGUGA